UAUACUUUGUACGAUUUUGAUUUAAAUUUAAAUCAAAAAUCUUCGUCUUUGAAACAAUUUACUCCUUGCUGGUUGUGCAAUCUUCCUUCCUGUUCAAAAGACUUGCUCGCCAUAAACCUUCCAUUCUUUUACUCUCUUUUCAAACCUACUUUAUUUGGUUUGUUUUUUAAGCUCAUUUGUGGCCUGCGUGCUAGCCUGCUUCAGGGGAUCACAAAAAGUCUUGAAAAAUAACUUCCUUACUUUUGUUUUUUUACUUAAUCCUAAAUUCCGAUAAACUUUCCUUAGUAUCUCUUUUUUUAUCCGCUUUCACUCUCUUCCUUAUUUACCUUCCCUUCCGAAUUCCAACUAAUUUUCUACACUCCUUUGUUUAACGGUUUACACCAUGAAAGUUACAAAGCUUCAAAUUGGUGUAUAUGCCAACCAGCAACCAUUUUAUCUAUAUUUAUUUCCCUUAGUAGCUGCCUCUCCGUCUUUAUCCUCUCCAACUGUCCAAGAAUUUCCUUCACAUCAACCAUUUUAUCGUUUAAGGGACAUUGAUGCUAUAUUUUUUGAAUCAAAUGAAACAGGUUACAUAUUUAAAUCAAGGGGAAUCCCUCAAAUUUAUUUUGACACACCCGGAUAUUGUUUUUAUGAACGCUCUGGUGAUGUAUAUUUAGCCGCUCGUGCAAUAAGUGAUACUGGAACUAGAUUAGGAAAUCCUUUACUUGCCGAAUUUUGCAAAUAUGGUCGAAAAGAAAUAACAUCAGGAAUGGCUGAUAAAUUAUUAGAAAGUGUUGAUGUAACUCGUACACCUGGUGUUUUAGAUAUCGAGUUCGAAUUUUUUACAUUGAAUACACCGACAAUGUCACCCAUUUCAAAUAAUACUCCGCACAUUAGAUCUCCUAAUAAUUUAAACUCAUCAACAUCUAAUGGACAUUUAAGUCCACCACCGACGAAUGGAAGAAAACGUAUGUCUCUUGAGGCAGUUUUAGAUAACGAUGAUAAUACUAAUAGUAGAAGGUAUGCCUCAAGCGUAACUUCGCCGGUCGAACGUACAGUCUCGCCUGUGGGAUCAGAUAGAGGAACACCAACGAUCAAGCAAGAACCAUCACCGUCUUAUUCUGGAAGUGAAAACUCAAAUCCUUCCUCACCAAAUCAAUCGCCUAGAUCACCUCAUUCACCUUCAUCACCGUUAGCUUCUGGCGAAGUAGUUGAUGAAGAAAAUAGAAUGCGUAAAAGAAGACGUGUUACAGUACAACCAGCGAUUGGAUCUAAUAACAUCAAAGUCACUAAUAAUCCAGAAGUUAUGGAACAAGUUAGGAACACUCUUAAGUUAAAACAACAACAAAAGGCUAUAAUUGAAGCAAGACAACAACAAGCCCAGCAACAGAUGUUACAACAACAAACUUUUGUUGAUAGAAGACAUACAUCUCAAGGUACUUGGGAAUCUAACAGAACUUCCAACACAUUGUCAAAACGAAAUUCUGCUUCAAAUAGAAGUAAUCGUAAUUCAAGAAAUCUCAGCGUUUUUGCUCCACCUUAUAAUGACAUUUCAGGCUUGUCAUCUGCAUCGCCCGGUGUUAGUAAAGCUCGUGGUCAAAACUCUGCUGGUUUAAUAAAUAAUAGACAACCACCUAUGACAGCUCCAAUUCCGAUAAAUAGAUCAGCUUCUAAUAAACAAAAUGUUUCUGGAUUUCCUUUGUCAGCAAAUUCAGCUUUUCGUCCUACAAGUCAUAGUCAGUCUUUGAAUACACAUUCUGCUUCUACAAGUGCAAGUAUCAAUGGGCUUAUCUCUCCUCAUAAUAUAGAAGAUGUUCGUUCUAAUAGCGUUACUUCAAGUCCUCUACCUCUUCCUAGUCCUAGUCCUCGUUUACCUCGUAUUUCUAAGUCUGUUACAAGUCCAAUGUUACACACAAAUGGCGAACAGCCAUCCAAAGAAUCUUUCAUGCAACUUUUUGAUACAUUUUAUGAUACAGUAGCUGACACUCGUUCACUUAAAACUACACUUGAAGAUCAAAUUCGUAAGACGACAACCCUUCUUCAAACACUUCAAGCUUCAGGAAGUAUGAUUGAAAGUUUAGUUCGUGGACAUUUUCGUGAAAUGCAAAGGGAAGUUGUUAAAGACUUGAUGACUUUAGAAAAGCGUCUUUCAAAGGUUGAAGAACGUAUGCGUAGUAGUACAGCUAUCGCAGGAAUGAGCCCAAGUCCUCCGUUAGAUCCAGACAGAAGAUUAAGUGAUAUUAGUACAGCAAGUAGUGACAUGGGAUAUAGUCAUAAUAAGAAUACCGCCGCAUUUUCUCAAAAUGCGAAUAAAAGCUCUUCGCAAUAUUCAUCCGUUACACAUUCUAGCCCACCAUUAUCUUCUGCUUCUUCACAUAGUAAUGCUGAAGAGUCGCAACCUAAAGAUUAUGAAUAUAUUUUGAAAGCUUUGAAAGCCCGAUUAGAAUCUUUGGAAAGACGCAUGUCUGUACCUUAAUUAACUUUCUCUCAUUACUAGACAGCUUUUCUCCUUUUUAGCUAUAUUUAUACAUUAAUAGUAAUAUUUUUUUUAGUGAUGGUUUUUUAAUUUAUUUGACACCUUUUCACUCUUUUACGUUUAAUUUUUUUAACAUUAAUUCCUUUAAGCUUCAUCUUAUCAACUUUUUUUUAAGUAUAUGCAUUAAUAUUUUUUUUCAUGUAAUUAACAUAUGCAACAAACUUUUCUUAAUAUUAUCAUUAUCAAUAACAAUAGAGCCUAUAGAAUUCUCUUUUUCCACCCGUUACUGCGAUUUGUUUAAUUUAUUACCAUAAACACGAAGAAUUAACUGGUUUAUUCUCUUUGUGCUCUCUUGUUAUAUACACCCAUCUACCUUAUAUUUCGCUUAAUCAUUUUCAUUUCAUUGUUUCACUUAAUAUCCGUUUUUCCUUUAUAUCAAACCCUCCGUUUUAUUACUAAUUAUUGUUUUUUUAUAC